CUUUCCCUGAGACUUUGACGGGAAGUUCUUUCACCCCGCAAAGACAAGCCUUGCAACAUCCCCUCAUCUUGCCCUCCCCCGUAUGCUUGCCCCAGCUUCCACUAGAUAAAUGCCAGCAAGUCUGUCAGGAUUUCUGCACUCUGCUCCAGGCAAUAGGACUCUCUACAGCUCCUGAGGUCUCCCUUGCUCCAUCGCAAACAACAUCUCACUAGCUGGGAAAGCACUGGCUUGCCUAGGGGGACUGCAGCAGGUUGAGUGCACAGGUGAGUUUUACACAGAUGAAUAAAAAUUCUUCCAACAUAAUGGCUUUGGCUCCUAACACUUCUAACAAAAGGGAGACAGUGUGCAUAUUUGGAACUGGAGAUUUUGGAAGAGCUCUGGGGCAUAAAAUGAUUCAGUCCGGCUACUCCGUCGUGUUUGGAAGCCGGAGCGCACAGACAUCUGGCCUGAUUCCCAAGGAUGCAGAGGUGUUGAGCCACACAGAGGCAGCGCAGAAAGCUGCCAUCAUCAUUAUAGCAAUCCAGAGGCAACAUUACAACUUCCUUACCCAGCUAGCAGAAAUUCUUCAUGGAAAAGUCUUGGUGGACGUAAGCAACAACUUAAAAAUAAACCAGUAUCCUGAAUCCAAUGCGGAGUACCUCGCUCAGCUGGUGCCCGGCGCUAAGGUUGUGAAAGCCUUUAACACUGUGUCAGCCUGGGCCUUGCAGUCAGGCACGCUGGAUGCAAGCCGUCAGGUGCUUGUCUGUGGAGAUGACAAGGAAGCUAAACAGAUGGUGAUGGAUAUUGUUCGUGCACUAGGUCUCACUCCAUUAGAUAAGGGAUCCCUCUUGGCUGCUCAGGAAAUAGAAAACUAUCCUCUGCAGCUCUUUCCAAUGUGGAAGUUUCCCAUCCUUUUGUCCCUUGGCCUAGUCACAUUCUUCUUCUUCUACUGUUUGAUUCGUGACGUAAUCUACCCUUAUGUUUAUGAAAAAAAAGACUUUUCCUUUUUUAUUGCAAUUUCCAUUCCAAAUCGGAUCUGCCCUAUAUUGGCACUUAUCCUUCUUGCCUUGGUGUAUCUUCCUGGUGUACUUGCUGCAAUUAUUCAGUUAUACAGAGGUACCAAAUACCGCCGUUUCCCAGACUGGCUGGACAAAUGGAUGCUGUGUAGGAAACAACUUGGACUGGUAGCCUUGGCAUUUGCUUCUCUGCACGUUUUGUACACUCUUGUUAUCCCAAUUCGCUCUUACGUAAGAUGGAGAAUCAGCAGCCAAACGAUCUCCCAGGCACUGAACAAUGGAACAGAACCACUCAACACCACUAAUGCCUGGCUUAGUGACUCUUACUUGUCUUUGGGGAUUUUAGGAUUUUUUUUAUUUGUCCUUCUGGGAAUAACUUCCUUGCCUUCAGUCAGUAACAAUGUCAACUGGCGAGAAUUUCGAUUUGUACAGUCCAAACUGGGAUAUCUGACACUGAUUUUGUGCACUGCACACGCAUUGGUUUAUGGUAGAAACCGGUUCCUGAACCCAUCAUCAUACAGAUGGUAUCUUCCAAAUGCCUAUAUGCUCUCCCUCAUUGUUCCGUGCAUUGUACUCGUUGUCAAAUUUGUGCUUACAUUUCCUUGUCUAGACAAACCCCUCACACAAAUUCGACAGGGCUGGGAGAGAAAGCCCCAAUACUCAGAAGAGCCAAAUUACAUUGUCAAUAAGACUGCUGUAUAGUUAGACUAAUCCGUAUUGUCAAAAAGAAGAAGAAAAAAAAAGAUUAUGAAGGCAUAUCAAAUCAAAGUCCAGAGCCUCCUUUAUCUGGUGAGUGAGGCAAAAAGUGAAAAACUUGGUCAGGCCUUGAAUAAAAUAAAGCCACCCCAAUGACAAGCUUAAAAUACAACUCAAAGCAAGCCAUUGAGUUCCUGCACCCCAUGCAUCCUUUCUCACAGGCACACGCCCUCUCUUUCACUCAGUAUAUGUCCCCUCGCCUAUUCACCCUCCAAUCCUAAUGAGAGUAUGAGAGAAGUAAAUGGUGCUCCAUGCCCCUCCUCUGUCAUUCCAAACCUCCUCCAGGUCUGGGCAGAACCAGAGUAACCUUUGGCAUUAGAUGGUAUCUGCCCCUCUUCCCUGUCCUGCCCACUGACCCUCAGGUGCACCUACACACACACACACAUGCUCAUGAACACACACCCUGCUUCCACCUCCAGAAGCCACCAGCACCCAUAGAAGGGCCACAGGAUGGACGCUGGCUGAGAAAUAUCUCUCCUCCUCCCAACAUUAGGUUAUACACCAUGAACAUCUGAUCCAAGAGAGAACUAUGUUCAUACCUUAGAGACAGCUGAGUAAGAUUUAUUUGGUUUGUGUACGGGAACUCUAAUGUUCAAAGUGUAUGAGCCAAGGAUUACUGAAUCCUUGUACUGAAUCCUUGGGCUACUCUACCAGAAACUCAGGUGGCAAGGGGAUGGAGGAGAGACCAAAAUGCCAGAGACAUGAGAUAUGCUCACAAGCCUAAGCUUCUCUGCAAGUACAGGCAAAAAAUGGUCAGUGAUUUUUUUGUGUAAGCAGUGAGUAGUAAAGAAAGAAACUGAAGGAAGUUUGUAUUAUAUCAGAGGGUUGUAUUAUAUGACAUGGUUAUAUCUCAUGAAGAAAAUGUUGGGGUUUUUUUCGAAAAAUACAUCUCUGGAUGCAAUAUUACAGCUAUUCUAUGAAAAUAUACAUAUUUUAACCACAAUAAAGAAAUUUUUUUUACAGUG